UGGAGACACAAGCUCUUAUGAUCUUGUUGAAACUGUAAAAAAAUUUAGGUCCCAGCGAACUGGAAUGGUUCAAACUGAGCAACAAUACAUGUUCUGCUACCGUGCAAUUGCGGAUGAGCUGAAAGAUCUGCUGAGGUCGUCAGGCCGUUGAGGUAUUUCUAAGGAAGAAGUGGACUGCUACUGUAUUGUCGCCCUUCUAUUUCCAUCGUAAACCAUAGCUUCUUGUUGCUUGUUGCGUUUGUUAGGGCAGUGCAUUAAGAUCACUUUGCCACCUCUAUUUCGACCUGGUCUCCAAUAUUGUUAAGACAACUGCUUGUUGAUUGUUUAAGAAUCAGUAGAGUUUACAACAUCUGGUGGACCCAAGCAUGUAAACAGCCCUCCGGGAAUCAUUCCUCGACCAAACAGUAGCAGAAUCAUGGGUCCCUUUCCCUUGUGGAUGAUUUAUAUUGUUUCCCAAGACACCACGAAGAUGAAUGCCAGGUGUAUAUAGUUAGAUGCGACCAAUGCAUCGUUGAUUGUAUCGAAAUUGAAAACUGGGCAUCUGGGACGAUUAUUUGAUUAUCUACUUAGUCCCUGUGGGAGCCUUUCUCAGA